AUGAUUCAGGAACAUAAAGUCAAUACUACUAGAGUUCAGCUUGGUUUCUCUAAUUGUGCUUCAGCCCUUAACAACAAGCUUUGGGUUUUCUGGAAAGGGGAUAGAUUCAAACUAUUAUCCUUUCAAGAGUUUGGUCAAAUGUACACCUGUCACUUCUGGGAUAAUAACCUCAGCACCAAGUGUAGCAUCACCUCAAUUUAUGGCAAACACACUGGAAGUGAGAGAAAGGAACUAUGGAAGGACAUCUCUGAUAAUGUUAUCAGUGAUCACCUUUGGAUUUUAGGGGGUGACUUUAACGCUAUUUGCUCCCUUGAGGAGCACCAAGGCUUAACCACCCCCACCCUGGCAGACAUAACAGACUUCAAAGACUGCAUUGAAGCCAUCCCACUCAUUUGCCCAGCCUUUGAAGGAGGUAUCUUCACCUGGAGUGGGGUGAGGAGUAUGGGAAGAAUUUGGAGAAGAUUAGACAGGGCUUUGGUUAACCCUCUCACUAUGAACCAUUUCCCUGAAAUUAACAUGAAACAUCUGAGCAAAACCUCCUCUGACCAUAAGCCUAUCUUGCUGCAAUGCCAACUAGAGGACUUCAAAGGAGCAAAACCAUUCCGAUGCCAAGACUUCUGGUUCACCCACAAUAACUUCCUCAAGGUAGUCAAAGAUAACUGGACUCAGCAGCCCAUGAUAGGAGGAAUGAGGGGACUGGUUAUUAAACUCAAAGGGCUCAAGGCUACACUUAAAAACUGGAGCAGGGAAACAUUUGGUGACAUCUUUGAAGCUGUAAAGGAAGCAGAAUUUAAAGCUAUGAAGGCACAAGAAGAGUACGAAGAGAAUCCAGUUGAUAUCUUGAGAUCCAUAGCCAAUAAAGCUCAAGCUGAUCUUAUUGUGGCCACUAACAGAGAAACCCUCUUUUGGAAACAGAAAGCUAAUAUUAAAUGGAUGGAAUUAGGGGAUCAGAACUCUUCCUUUUUCCACUCUUAUGUCAAGAGCAGAAGAAGCAACCUCAAGAUCAGAAGCAUUACAGAUGGCAAUGGAAGGAAAAAAAUGGAGGUAGAGGAGAUGCGAAAGGCAGCAGAGGAUUACUUUAAAGAGGUGUUCAGCACUCACAAAGAAGUUCAUGCUCAUCACAUCCUGGAAUAUAUCCCCAACCUCAUCACCCCGGAGGACAAUUUCAUGAUGGGCAGAAUCCCAGAUGAAGCAGAAAUCCAAAAAGCAGUUUGGGAUCUUAGUCCUACUAGCUCAGCAGGCCCUGAUGGAUUCAAUGGCAGCUUUUUUAGAGUGUGCUGGAGUAUCAUUAAAGAGAAUGUCAUCAAGGCCACUCAAGAAUUUUUCCUAGGAGUCCCUAUUCCAAUGGCCUUUGGAAGCACUCUCAUCACUCUAAUCCCUAAGAAGAAAGUCUGUAAGCAUUUCUCAGACUAUAGGCCCAUUUCUCUCUCUACUUUUAUGAGCAAGAUUAACUCCAGGAUCCUGGCCUCUAGGCUACAAACUCUCUUAUCUAAACUCAUCUCUAAGGAGCAAGCUGGGUUCCAAAAGGGAAUGGGUGUGGAUGAUCAUAUCCUAAUGACUUGUGAAAUGGUCCACAGUCUAGACAAACAUUGUGACAGUGGCAAUGCUAUCAUCAAGUUAGACAUGGCUAAGGCAUUUGAUAAAAUCGAAUGGAGCGUUUUAAAGGGGGUUUUAAAAAGAUUUGGCUUCUCUCAGUCUGUUCAAGACUUGUUACUUGCAAACCUAAUUGGCACCCAUAUUUCAAUCCUAAUUAAUGGAUGUCCAACAGAAACCUUCAGUCCUACCAUGGGGGAUGAGAUGCAGCUCGAGUACACUGUGGGAUACAUAUUAAGAGGAAGAGGCUACAUGGUUUCUGUUCAACGGGGAAUAGGCACACAGGUGAACCUUCAAAGGAGGCGCGGGAGACUGUAGACACCCUGCUUUUUACUUUUGAAUUUCUUUAUGUGGGUUAUUAAUGUAAAUUUGCUCGGUGGUUCCUUGUAACUUUCGGGAUUUUGGUCUAGUCCCCCCCGAACGUGGUGAUAGUUUUUUUAAUAAAUUUUGGUAAGGGUU